CCCGGAGCACGCAGCGCAGUGAUCAACAGUGCGCUCUCGUGAGGAGAAGAGAGCCGGUAAUCGGCAUUCUUCAGUGGAGACAUGUACACUGAUCAUCAGGGCACUGAUGAUCAGUGUGCCCUGAUGAUCUGUGUAGUCCCAGCAGCGCCACCUGUCAGUGUCCAUCAGUGCCAGCUCUCAGUGCUAAUCCAUGCCACCUGCCAGUGCCCAUCAGUGCCACAUCAAUGCCACAUAUCAGUGCCCAUCUGAGCUGCCUUUCAGUGUCACCCAUCAGUGCCAGUCAGUGCCACCUAUCAGUGCCAGUCAGUGCCGCUUAUCAGUGCCAGUCAGUGCCGCCUAUCAGUGUGCAUCAGUGCCGGCUAUCAGUGCCCGUCAG